CAGAACGUCAUCAGCGCGACACGUGCGGCCGACGGUCUUUCUUCCCGGUGUGUUAGCUGUUAGCUGCUAGCUCGGUGUCGGUACGUUUCAAGUUUAAUCUCCGGACUCUGGAAAAGACCUUCAUCCGCAUCAAAAAGCUCGUAGAAACAUGGCAGCCGCCGGGACGCAGAGCAGGAAGAGGAUCCUGAAGGAGGAGGACAUGACCAAGGUGGAGUUCGAGACCAGCGAGGAGGUGGACGUCACCCCCACGUUCGACACCAUGGGCUUGCGGGAAGACCUGCUCCGCGGCAUCUAUGCUUACGGUUUCGAGAAGCCGUCAGCCAUCCAGCAGAGAGCCAUCAAGCAGAUCAUCAAAGGACGGGAUGUCAUCGCUCAGUCUCAGUCUGGAACUGGAAAAACGGCCACUUUCUGUGUGUCGGUGCUGCAGUGUCUGGACAUCCAGGUGAGGGAGACUCAGGCUCUGAUCCUCGCUCCCACCAGAGAGCUGGCUGGUCAGAUACAGAAGGUGCUGCUGGCUUUGGGAGACUACAUGAACGUUCAGUGUCAUGCCUGCAUCGGGGGGACGAACGUGGGCGAGGACAUCCGGAAGCUGGACUACGGCCAGCACGUGGUGUCUGGCACGCCGGGACGAGUGUUCGAUAUGAUUCGCCGUCGGAGUCUGAGGACGAGGGCCAUCAAGAUGCUGGUGCUGGACGAAGCUGACGAGAUGCUGAACAAAGGUUUCAAGGAGCAGAUCUACGACGUGUACCGCUACCUGCCGCCCGCCACCCAGGUGGUCCUGAUCAGCGCCACGCUGCCGCACGAGAUCCUGGAGAUGACCAACAAGUUCAUGACCGACCCGAUCCGCAUCCUGGUCAAACGUGAUGAGUUGACUCUGGAGGGGAUAAAGCAGUUCUUCGUGGCGGUGGAGAGAGAGGAGUGGAAGUUCGACACUCUGUGCGACCUGUACGACACUCUGACCAUCACACAGGCCGUCAUCUUCUGCAACACCAAGAGGAAGGUGGACUGGCUGACGGAGAAGAUGAGGGAGGCGAACUUCACGGUGUCGUCGAUGCAUGGUGACAUGCCACAGAAGGAGAGAGAGUCCAUCAUGAAGGAGUUCAGAUCAGGGGCCAGCCGUGUGUUGAUCUCCACUGAUGUGUGGGCUCGAGGUUUGGACGUCCCCCAGGUUUCCCUCAUCAUCAACUACGACCUGCCCAACAACAGAGAGCUGUACAUCCACAGGAUUGGUCGGUCUGGACGUUACGGCCGUAAAGGUGUGGCCAUCAACUUUGUGAAGAAUGACGACAUCCGGAUCCUGCGCGACAUCGAGCAGUACUACUCCACACAGAUCGACGAGAUGCCCAUGAACGUGGCCGAUCUGAUCUGAGUGGCGUCACGUUGGAGCCCCGCCCCUUCACUUACUGUUAUUUUGAUUUUUUUU